UUCGUUUUUUUUAAGUUUAUAAAAUAAUUCUUUUUUAUUAUGUGUAUAUGUUUUGGAAAAUUUAAAAAAGAAAACUAAAUUAAAAAAUAAAUAAUAAUAUUUUAAAUGUAAUAUUUUAAUUUAUUAAUGAUAUCAGUGUAAUCAACUGUCGUGAAAGUUAACGUGAAAGCGCCACAUAGAAAACUGACUUCUCAAAUAAUAUUAUAGAGAUAAGUUUUUUAAUUAAUAUUUCACCUUGUGCAAAGUGUAUGUUUUAUCCUAGUUAUUGGCUAUACACUAACUAAUAAAUAAGAAAAAAAAAAGUGUAGUGAAUUGAUAAAGCUGUGUGAAUCAAACUCGUUAUACGCACUUACGCAGUAGUGACAAAUUUUAAACUAAACGUAACUAGAGUAGAUAUGGAGGCUUUUUAGGUAAUUAAUUUAAUGUAAUUAAUCACCCUUAUUUGGGUUAAGCAUGAUUUCCCGAGUUACUCACAGAUUCUUUAAAUCUUCCAUUAAUAUAUUUUCCUUUUUAUUGAUUAAAUUAUUUUUUGAUAAAUCUAAAAAAUCACAAAAAUCUUUGUUUACUUAAGAUUUUUCUGUUUGGAGUUUCUCUUUCUUUAUAGUCUCUUAUUCUCUCCUUUGCUUCUUCUCCACGAUUGCUCAGUUCUACAAUGACGGAGCAGAACGCAGAUGCGCAUCCGGUGGUAGACUCUCCUUCGUCUCCAUAUCAGCAACUUCGACAUGAUACUCUCAGAGCGUAUGAGACUAUGUAUGGCUCUUUGGACAAUCAUUACUCACUUGGAAACACACUGUUCUCUCCUUUGUCAGAUUUGCAAAUCUUAGAAUCGAGUUUUGGAAGAUUGGGUGUCUCGGAACCAAACGCUCGUCAACAGAAGCUACUUGAUCAUCGUCGAAGCAAUCAAUAUCCUUUUGACGGUCGAGAUCGAGGUAUGAAUGUCCGUGACUACCAUAACCCUUUGUAUUAUCUGCAUCCAACUGAACGAGAGCAGCUUGAUCAUGCUGCACAGAGAUUGUUGUUUAGUCAGGAUAAUCAUUAUGAUGUUUAUAAGUCAUAUGAUAAUGGUUCUCAUGGGCGUAGCAACAGUGGCUUGACGGGUCGUCCUCCUUAUAUUGGCUUUAACGGAGAUCUAGGAGAGUUUCCUUUAAACUCGCGUAAUCAUAAUUUAUGUGAUCAAAGCCCAUGGAGUUUUUCACAUGUGCUUGGAACCCGCACUAAUCGUCAUGAUGCCUACACCAUAGAUAACUCUAGAGCUAAAGAUACCAUACUUUCACGUGCUAAGGACGCUGUGGAGUCUGCUAAGUUGCAAAAAGUGAUUGUAGAAGGUUCAAGGGAGACAGUUCAUAAAAUAUUUGACGAGUUGAAAACACAUGUUUGUGAGCUGAUGAUUGAUCCGGUUGGGCAUCAAGUUUUUCAAAAGAUUAUUGAGAAAUGCACCAAUGAACAGACCACCCAGAUUUUGGAUAUAGUGAUUCAACAACCUAUUCAGUUUGUUAGAGUUUGUGGCGAUACUCAUGGGACUCGUGCAAUACAAGAUUUGAUGCGGUCUCUUUGUUCUGAAGAGCAAAUAUCCCGGUUUAUGCAAACUAUAUGCCAUGUUGCACUACUCUUGACUAAAAGCACAAACACGAACCAUGUGAUUUCGUUAUGCUUCCGUCAUUUUUCUCCUUUACAAACCCAUGUUAGUAUUUCUCUCUCUUGAUUACACUAAAUAUGUAUAUUCAUAUGUAUCUUAUUUUCAUAAAUAGUUUGAGCUUAUUUGUAUUUUUUACUGAAUUUUAUGUGGUCUAUUCUAUAGUGUCUUCUUCAAGUGAUUGUUCAGAAUUGUUAUCAAAUUGCACUUGAUCAGCAUGGAUGUUGUAUGCUUCAACAAUGCAUUGGAAAAUCCCCUCGAGAAAUAACAGAUCCUUUGAUUAGUGGCAUACUCACUAACUCUCUGAGCCUAUGCAUAAAUCGCUACGGGUAAAAUAAGAUGCAUGGAUUACAUAAAUAACGUGGUUACAUAUUAAUUUUUGAUGUAACACAAUUAUAUUUCUAUUUGUUAGAAACUAUGCGGUCCAGUAUGUGUUGGAAAUGGAAAAUUGUCAAGUGGCAGCGUCUCUAUCGCAAUAUCUAGAUGGGCAUUACGUGCAACUCUCUUGUGACAAAUUUGGGAGUCAUGUUGUACAAAAGUGUUUGGAAACUAGACAAUUUAACUCGAGGAGGAUCAUAAACGAGCUGAUAAGUGACAUUGAUUCAAUUCUUGUAGAUCGUUUCGGAAACUAUGUGAUUCAAACUGCAUGGGUGGUAUCUCAGGUAAGAAUUAAACAUAUUUUACAUAGUUUGUGUGUAUUUUGAAAAUCAUAAUGCUUUUUGUCUGUUUGUUUGUAAGAUGAUAUGCGGAGUAAAUUGUUGUAUCAUAUCAACAAGAAUUAUCCUUUAAUGAGGUGCAACAUGUACGGAAGGAAAAUACUCGAGAAACUCAGUCUCUGGAUAUAGAACAACAUAUCAAGAGUAAGAUAUCGAGCCACUAUUAGAGUUAAUGUUUGGUGUGUUUUUGUCUUUUGAUUUUGACUCAGUGUUGUCAGUUAGUGUUUAUGUGUUUUAUUUGUUACGUGUUUUCUUUUAGAUUUGUGUUGUAGUUUCAUUAGUCAUGGUCUUUUUAUAUUCACCCAUCAAACAGGCUUGUAACUAUUAUCGAAUGCUUUCAAUCAUAAUUGUUUUCAAAUGUUAGUGUGUUUUUUUUUUACGCAUUAUUAUCACUGGUAAAGUUAGUGAUCUCAUUUUGUUUAUACGUUUGUAUCCUAAGUUUAAUCGUUUUUGAGUUUAGAGAAGGAGCGGCCCUGAAAUUGGCCUAGAGGAUAGAGAAAAAUCAUGCUUCUACAUAAAAAUCAUCUACCAGGACAAUUAAAAUUUGCUCGUAUGGUUCAGUUAUGUUUAAGCAAACAUGAAAUAUUAGCAUAUACUGCUGGAAUCAAAUACUCUACAAUGAUGGUAAUAUAAAUUUACUCUCGAAAAAGCAUUAAAGAAGCUAAAAGAGACAAGAGAGAGAGAGACAACAAAAACUCGAGAGUGGUUAAAAAUCUCAAACCACAAAUAAGAUAACGAAUGGGUUAAUGAUGAGGUUUGAAAGUCUGCAACCAGUUGUUGAGAUGCUCCACAGCUGACAAGUCCACCUUCUUGGGAAAACUAGGAUUAGAGCAUGAUUAACUCGGACUCUUAAUUUGAGAUUCUUAACUUAUGAAUUGACAUUUUUUUUUUGUUUUUUACACUUUUCGGCUAAGAACCGGCUCCCUAAGAGACAUUUUACGGUAGUGUGACAUUUUUUUACACUUAUUUAAGAGACGAUUCUUAAUUUCUCUUAGUUAAAAGCUAAGAAACGGUUCUUAGCUUCGGCUAAGAACUCUUCCCUAAGAAUCCGGGUU